CAAGACGUUGUACUUUGGUACUCAAGGCAAACAUAACGCUCUAGUUAUGGAUUUGAUGGGUGCCUCUCUUGAAAGACUCUUUGAGAUGUGUGACAAGUCGUUUUCCCUACAAACAGUUAGUAUUUUGGGCUUGCAGUUGUUGCGGCGGCUGGAGUUCAUUCAUUCGAAGGGCAUCCUGCAUCGCGACAUUAAGCCCGACAAUACUGUCAUGGGGGUAGACGGUGAUGAGAACAAGGUUUACCUUAUUGAUUUUGGGCUAGCAAGAAAGUAUAAGGUCGGCGAGAAACAUAUUGCCUGGAGGGAAAGUCUUUGAUUUGUGGGCACGCCAUUAUUCUCAAGCAUUGACGACAUAGUGCAAAGUACACGGAACGAUUCAGAAUUGCGCGGUCACAUGCAUCUUGUCGCUUUGAAAGCUAC